UGUUUGAUUCCUCAUCAAAAAUUCCUUCAGGAAUUUUGAUAGGAAACAAUGAGGACUUGGGUAUCUACGAUGAGUGUGUAUCAAUCGAAAUUCAGAAGGAAAUCGGAUUGAUUCGUGGACGUCACUGUAUGUACUCAUUAACUAUGAUGGCAUCCAGUUGGCCAAUGCCACUCCACACAACGUUAUCUAUUUGCCUACCUUCGGCAUGUGGUGCUCAGUCUCUGAUGGCAAUAUUACAGAAUGCGAGUCAUGAGGCAUCAGAUCAGCUGCCAUUCGACAUUAGGAUGGGGAAUGCCGCAUGCUCGGCAUUGGAUUCUCCACCGUUCGAAGUCGGAGAAAUCCUGACAAUAACGAUCUUCUCAAUCUUUAUUUGUUUCCUCAUUGGCUGUACCAUUUGCGAUAUUCUGAUGAGGACCAUCAUACACGUAGAUCCAGAAAGUGUUGUCAACGAGUUUUGUAGAUUCUCAUUCUACACGAAUUUGAAGCGAAUAUUCAGCACUAAAGAACCACGAGAGAAUAUACCAGCGAUUCAAGGAUUGAGAUUCUUCAGCUUAUGUUGGGUGAUCCUCGGUCAUGAGUAUGGUUUGAAAAUGCUGGGACCCACGAUCAAUAUGGAAGACAUACCUAGUGUACGGCAUCAGAAUCAAAUCUGGAUGCAGUCAUGGAGGUCAAUUUACAUUGCUCUAGCACCAUUUGCCGUGGACACAUUUUUCACGCUUAGUGGCUUCCUAAUAUCGUAUCUGUUUUUGAAGAAAAUGGCAAAAGGUCAAACGUUUAAUCCUGUUAUGUAUUAUCUCCAUAGAUAUAUUAGGUUAACACCAGCCUUCGCAGCCUUGAUUCUACUAACCAUUUACAUAUUUCCAAGAUGGGGGUCUGGCGCGUUGUGGGAAUCCCUGGUUUAUCAAGAGAGGAAGACGUGCCAAGAAAAUUGGUGGCCCAUGCUACUAUACGUUCACAAUUACGUGAACGCUGGUAUUAUGGGCUGCCUGACCCAUACAUGGUACCUAGCAGUGGACAUGCAACUAUUUUGGAUAUCUCCGUUGAUCCUUUAUCCUCUGGCCAAGAGACCGAACAUAGGAUUGGCUAUUCUUGUAGCAUUGAUCGUAGCAUCAAUCAUUUCACCUGCAGUUAUUGCGGCAGAACAUGAAUUCUCAGGAGCAGUAGCACCAUCUUUGAUAGAAAUCUUUCAACAAGAUGGAUACAAGUGGAAUGCCCCUUGGGAAAUAUUCUACACUGCAGUUGCAAGGCAUAUAUGGGCCUUUGGCGUAUGCUGGCUCAUCUACGCUUCUAUACUCGGAUACGGUGGAAUUGUGGGCAGAAUUUUAUCUCUGCCGAUUUUCAUGCCCUUUGGGAGGAUAUCAUAUUGUGUAUAUCUGAUUCACUUCAUGAUGCAACUAAUGAGAAUAGGGGCUACUAGGACACUGGUCAGCAAUCCCACAGUGUCGUUUGGACAUCUUGGUGAGCAGUCUCACGCUAAGCAACCUGGGCCCUUGACGAGCUUUGACGAGUAUGCUGGACUCACCAGAGAGCAUAGUACGAUCAGGGACAGAACGGAGCAGAUCUCUGAGCUCAGGCCUUAA